CAAUUAGGCAGCAUUAAUGUUACCGUUUAAACUUUUUUGGAGGCGAUUAUUUAAAUAAUGACAUAAUGCUAGACUUGGCCCUAUUCUCUACAUUAUUUACCUAUUAUUUAUUUAAGGUUAAAAUAUUUUGUAAUUGCUAGGUUUGCAGUUCUUACUCCUGUUGCUUCCUGUCCAUUGCUUUCAUUCAUUGCUUUUUCGCCUUCGUCUUUCAGGUCGCCGUAUAGUGUCUGUUUUCUACCUCAACUAGUUCUUUAAAUACCAUGUCUAUUCAGAGAUCUCAUAAAAGUUCACCGUCGCAAUAUUAAUUUACCAGCGGUGACCGGUCGCGGUGAGCUAUCGCUUCCUCUAGUUCUACCGUAAGUUCUAUCACCAACUGGACUGUCAAAGCGUGGAAAAUUCUUAUUUUCAUUUUUAUUAUUCACUUUUUUAUAUUACUAUACAAAAAUAAAUUUUCAAAUCGUGUAAAGAAUAACCGAAAUCCUCACAACCAAGGAAGUCAAAACAUAAUGGAAGAAAACAUUGUACUAGAAGAAGAGAAGGAAACUAGCAAUAGCUCACUGCACGAGGAGUGGUUCAUGAUAAUGCGAGAAUCUUUAUCGGCAUAUUUCUUUAAUAAAACUACUUGGAUUGUUCAAGCCCUAGCCAUCUUCUUAAUGUUCGGAGCCUUGGUGUUUUCAGGAAUUGAGGGUAACAACGCUAAAGUAAUCAAUUAUGAAUUGUUCAUUGAACAAGCAGAAUUUAAUAAAUCAAAUAUUGCGAACAAAUCAAUGGAGGAUUACGGACAGUUUUACAAUCGCAUCUUUAGAAAAGCGGACUUAGAAUGUAAACUUGCUAAACUUGAUUUGUAUGGAUGGAACAGCAUGAAGUUUAUGGACACUAUGCUUUACAGUUUCAGUAUAAUAUCCACCACUGGAUGGGGAUUACGGAAACCUACAUCUAUACUGUAUAAGAGUUUUACCAUAGUCUAUGCCAUGAUUGGACUACCACUCGUCUCUGCCUUGAUCGGGCUGGUCGUCAGGAUUACGAAAUCUAACAAACGAAUUCGCAGAACUUCAGCUUUCGUAAAGAAGUGGUUUGGAAACUAUAAGAUUGUUGCUGCGCUAGCCAUUAAAUUGGGAGUGGUGUACAUAGUCCUUCAAGGAUAUAUUUCGACAAAAAUGGUAUACCAGUACAGUACUGACGAUGCAACCAAGAAAAAGUAUACAAAAGUGGGGUAUUCUAGAGUAUGGAGUCUCACAGAGGGGAUCUACUGCUAUAUCAUAAAUGGCAUGACAACGAUCGGAUUCGGAGAACAGCACAUUUUUGGACCAGGCUAUGAAAAUCCGGGCCCAAGAUUUUUAAGCAUGUUGUUUCAAAUGCUUCUCUUGAUUGUAGCUGUAGCAUUAAUGGAACUGGGCUUUGAGGCUAUGAGGAAGUACUUUGAUCGUUCACUGGAAAAGAAGAUCCAGGAGAAAACAUACCAAACGGUGAAAUGUGACACUCAUGUAACGUACACUUCCAGUUAUAGUAUCAGACGGAAAGGACCUAGAAACGGUAAUGGAAGUACGGAACAAGAAACUCCUGCGAUAAUUGCAGAGUAAUGGUUUUUAGAAAUACUUUGGUACAAUUGUUAUUGUUGUUUGAUAAUAUUUGGUUUGAUUGAGGACAUGAAUGAGCAGAUGUGCGGCAAUAAGUAAUAUUCUGUUAAUU